AUGUCCACCCCAAAUCUAGACGCCCUCAAACGCGAUGGCUUCGUGGUAGUCCGCAAUCUCCUGACUCCAGCCGAGGUAGCGCACUACCACGAAAUUGCCACAAAAGCCACAACCAUGACUCGCAGUGGAGGCUGGCCGCACUUCCGCACCGUCCCAAAACAAUUCCCACCCUGGCCGACAACCGUACCGCCCGCCUCGGAGGGCGGAAUCUGGGGCGUGCAGCACCUAAUGCACCCCGAAAUGCCAGGACGGGACAGCUUCGCACGAUGCUAUUUCUCUCCCACGAUUCUCGCCGUCGCGGAGGAGCUCAUGGGGGUUGAAAACGCCGCCAGCAGCGAGACCGAGCCCCUCGUCAUGGAACUGUUCAAUCUGCUCGUGGCGCCCGAAACUAAAGACUUCGAGCUCCGCUGGCACCGCGACGAUAUCUCCGAACACGCCACCGCCGAGGAAGAACUUGCCCAGCUUGCGGCUAAGGCGCCUGGCGGCCGUCAGUCGCAUUGCCAGUACAACUUGGCGCUGUGCCCCGAUGCAUCGCUGAUUGUUGUGCCGGGGACGCAUGCACGCGCACGCACGCAGGUCGAGCGUGAUGCGGAUCCUUAUGCGGCUGAGUUGCCGGAUCAAUUGGUUGUUCAAUUGCAGCCUGGAGAUGCAGUGUUUUAUAAUAGUAAUAUCUUGCAUCGUGGAAUUUAUCGGGGAAAGAGUGAGGGUGGGGUUGAGACCAGGCUGACUUUGCAUGGAAGUCUUGGAUUGAAGGCUUCUGACAGUGAGUAUGGGGGUGAUGAUGCCGAGGAGAAGAAGAAGGUUAGGGCUACUGCGGUACUGCAGCAUGGGGUUGGGGCUUGGGUUCGUCGUGAUGAUGCUGCUUUUGGACUUGGGGAGAGGCCUGAGAAGAUGAGGGCUAAUCUUGUUGAGAUGGGGACUGGGGAGGGGGUUGGAUUUUCUUUGCAGGGGUAG